AUUUCUGAUUAACAGUCCAGUACUGGUAGUAGCCCUGAGAUCAAGUUGCAUUUAACACCAUCUAUACUGACUUGUUGGCAGCAUUCCCAAUCUGAAGGACAAACAGAGUCCUGUGAUAGCAGUGAACGGAUGCAGUAUGAUGCCUUACUGCCAUUUCCACCUGGAAGGCUCAGGAUACCUCACUGAUAACAGACAGAAUCUUGAGCUCCCUGCCCCCCAGGGGUCCACACCCAGGGCCAUCAUGGAUCCCAAGACCAAAGUUAUAGAAUUCACAUCCACAGGGGUCGGCACAUCUAUCUGCAGGACCUUCAGUGUUGUAAAUCCCACCAACAAGCAAUACUCAUUGUUGUGGAGAUGUGAAGACUCUGAGCUUAAACCCUUCACCUGCCUUACACCAAAGGACUUCAUUCAACCUGGCAAGAAAAUGGAGAUGGCACUGCAGCGACGACGUGCACGGACAGCUGGACAGCUUCAAGCACGUGCUUGAAGUGCACAUGGACAAUAGGACUUUGUUUACAACGGACAUGUGCACUUGUUUUGGUUUCUGUUCUGUCCCCGCCCUGUUCAGUUAUUGGCAGAGGUGCGAGGGUGUGUUUUCAAGUGUUACCAGCUGUCAGCAGUUAAGGUAAUUGUGACUGGUUAUUUAAACCCCUCGCGUUGCUGCGCAGGACACGGGUUAUUAGAGGCCGAUAGGUGUAAUGGUGUCACGCGGUAAAGUUUCCAUGUCCUGUCUAGUUUCUUGUUCCUAGUUUCAUGUCAUAGUUAAACAAGAGUUUCAUGUCAUAGUUAAACGAGAGUUUCAUGUCACAGUUAAACGAGAGUUUCAUGUCACAGUUAAACGAGAGUUUCAUGUCAUAGUUAAACGAUAGUUGCAUGCCAUAGUUAAACGAGUAUUCGAAGUAAUGAAGUUAGAUGUGUAACGCGCUAUGCCGUCAUGUUUCUAUGCCCUGCUUUGAUUUCAAGUAUCACGCCUCAGUUCUAGUUAAUGUGUAUCUGUGUAAAUGUGUUAAAUGGUAGUGGUUCCAUGAUUUGUUCUGGCUUCGUGCCAUAGCCUUAGUUAGAUGGUUUUCAUUUAUAGUUUCUUGUUUCAUGCCAUAACUAAACGCAAGAUGAGUACAGGUGUAAAACAGGUUGAUGGAUUAUUGUGCUACGCUGUAUUGUUCCAUAGUCUUGUUCUAAGUUUUGUUUUUCAUGCCUCAAAUCUUGUUUCUGUUUUGACCCCGUUUUCCCGUUUCCUGUACUAGUGUUGUGGAUAAAAAUGACAUGAAAUAAACAUGA